CAUUGACCUUGGACACAUAGAAAACAUUCUAUGGUUUAUGCUGCUUUCAUAUAUUAGAUGCAAAACAAGUCUUAUUUAUAUAUAUUCUUCCAUUAAGCUUCUCUUGCUGUUGCUGCUGCACAUCGUGAAGGUGAAGAAAAUGAAGAAUUCAAAGAAAACGGGUGUACGGAAGUACCACAAAUCGGAUAAUCCACGCUUGCGGUGGACACCUGAACUCCAUGAAUACUUUGUUGAAGUUGUGGAAGGUCUAGGUGGAAAAAACAAGGCAACACCAAAGAGCAUUCUGCAGAUGAUGCAUGUGAAAGGACUGAGGAUCUCUCACAUUAAAAGCCAUCUUCAGAUGUACAGGAACAUUAAGGGACAUUCGAUUCUCACAUCAAUGCAUCAGGAGAUGGAAGGAAAUGAACAUGUUAACGAUAUCCCAAUGUGCUCCAAUUGUUCAUCUCAAAGAUCACAAGAAAAUAAAGUAAGAGCAUCAAAAUAUGAUACGGGGAUCAAUCAAGAAAUUUAUCCGUUAGACAAUAAAGGAUUUUCGCAGACCAGUGAAACUGAUUACGAUCUAAAUCAGGAACCUGAAUCAAGUGCAUUACUUAGUGAUACGUCAAAUGAAGAAAAUUGUAGGACAAUGAAAUUUCUUGAUCUCUCAUUCUCUUUUAGCUCUCCUCUAAUUCCAACGAUGCAAAAUGAGCGAGAGAGGAUGCGUUUUUCUCCACCAAAUACAGCUGAUAAUCAUGUCGUUGAUUCUAAUUCUGUACAAUCUCAUGGGAGCAAUUAUAUAAAUUUAAACCUUACAAUAUGAACAGAAUAUCAUUUAUGUAAACUUAAUUAAUUACUAGCAAUACUUAUCGUAGGUUUAGUUUUUUUUUUUUGGAAAAUUAAAGUUUUGUAAAAGUUAAGAAUUAUUUUUUGUUGACACCAAAAAAGCUAAUGAAUUAUUGUAUUAUCUCUUAUAAUUAAAGAGGUUUUAGCAGA